AGUAGUAAGUAUAAAAACAAAAGAUUCGAUUGUUCUGAUAUCGGGACAUGAUUAGUAGUUUACAGUUACGGCAGGUUAGUGAAGGCUAGAGGUGUGAUUAAAGUUUUGUUUACUUUGUCACCCCACAAAAAAACAAAUUGAAAAUUUAAAGAUAUCUUUGUAAAUACAUCAUUUGUUAAAAUGGGCGAUAGUGAUGAUGAUUGUAAAUUUGAUUUGACCAACGUUUUGUUCGGAAACAUCGAUGAAGAGGGAAACUUGGAUACAGACGUGUUUGACGACGAGUCAAAACGACACUUGUCUUCGCUCGCAAGGCUUGGUUUCGAUUCGUUUUUGAGCGAGAUCGUCGAAAACGAAGAGGACAGCGAAGCUGACGUGAAACUGGAAGAGGACUUCACCGUCAAAGACUCGGCCGCUGUCGAUUAUUCGGACAUAAACGAGUUGGCAGAGGAUAUUUAUGUAAAAGAGGAAAGCACGAGCGAUUAUGAUGCCGAUGAUGAAGGUAUGCCGUUUGCUACUGAUGCAGACCUCAUGCCGCCACCUCCUCUGCCUGACGGGAAGAGUCCCGAAGGCGAUGAUGACAAAAAGAAACUGGACACUCCUCUUGCAGCUAUGUUGCCUUCCAAGUACUCGGGAGUCGAUGUGGGAAAGUUAUUUCCAGACUUUCGUGUUGACAAGGUACUACGAUUUUCAAGAUUGUUCGGUCCAGGGAAGCCGAGUAGCUUACCUAACUUGUGGAGAAAUGUUAAGAAGCGGAGGAAAAAAAAGAGGACCAGUAGAGAUCAACAAAAUCAAAACUCUGACUCUGGAUCAGAUACAGACAUCCAAAGACCCAAAAGAGGUUGGUCUUUCAACCACAAAUCUUCAGAAACACCAGCGGAAUCACUUCAAUCAGAUGAUGAGGUUAAGUUUUUGCAAACAUAUGAAGCUAAAGAUGUAACUAAAAAGCCCGAGAAUGGUGAAAACAACGAUGUUGGGCCAAAAGUUGCAGAUUGGAGAUUUGGUCCUGCUCAGCUUUGGUACGAUAAGCUGAAAGUACCAGAAACUGGAGACGGCUUCAAUUAUGGCUUCACUCCAAAUGAAAAAGUUGAGGAAACAGCUGAACAACAUAAAAGUUGUAACUAUUCUGAUGACGCUUUUCUUAUGGUUAGUCAAUUGCAUUGGGAAGAUGACAUUGUUUGGAAUGGUGACGACAUUAAAAAUAAAAUUUUGCAAAACUUAAACAGCAAAACUAAUGCUGCAGGCUGGCUUCCAAGCAGUGCGAAUAGGACAGCACAAGCUUUUAGCCAGCCUGGGAAAGGACUGCCACAUAUCUCAGGAGUUCGGCUUGCUAGUAAUCAAAUGGCAAAUCAAAUAGCAAGCAAACAGCAACAAAACAAACCAGCACAUGCUGCUAAUAAAGGGCGUUUAGAAGAUAAUACUGAUGACACUUGGUAUUCUAUAUUUCCUGUUGAAAAUGAAGAACUUGUUUAUGGUACUUGGGAAGAUGAAAUAAUAUGGGAUUUAGACUCCAUGAUAUCAAUUCCUAAACCUAAAAUUCUCACUCUUGAUCCAAAUGAUGAAAAUAUCAUUUUAGGUAUACCAAAUGAUGUUGACCCUGCUAAGCAACGGUUAGAUAAUGCUACUCCAGUGAAAGUAAAAAUACCACAUCCACAUGUAAAAAAAUCGAAAAUAUUACUUGGAAAAGCAGGAGUCAUUAAUGUGCUAGAGGAAGAUUCACCACCUCCAACUCCAAAAUCACCUGAUAGAGAUCCAUUUAAUGUUUCAAAUGACAGCCAUUAUAUGCCAAGAUCAUCAGACACUGCUCUGAGAUUGAAAGUUAGUGGUGGUAACUUGAUUCAACAUUCAACACCAGUUGUUGAGCUGAGGGUACCCUUUAUUCAAACGCACAUGGGCCAAGUAAGGCUUAGAAAUUUUCACAGACCACCGAUGAAGCGGUUUUCUCAUGGAGCCUUAGCUCAUCCAGGACCACAUCCAGUACUACCACUACUCAAGCAUAUUAAAAAAAAAGCAAAGUUAAGGGAACAAGAAAGAGCAGCAUCAGGAGGUGGUGACGUUUUCUUUAUGCGGACCCCAGAGGACCUGUCAGGCAAAGAUGGUGAUUUGGUUUUGGUUGAAUUUAUUGAAGAACACCCUCCUUUGAUAAAUCAGGUUGGGAUGUGCACUAAAAUAAAAAAUUAUUACAAAAGAAGGGCUGGAAAAGAUAAUGGCCCCCAAGAAUAUAAAUAUGGGGAAGUUGCAUAUGCUCAUACGUCACCAUUCCUUGGAGUUUUACCUCCAGGAAAAUCUAUUCAGGCAUUAGAAAAUAAUAUGUAUAGAGUACCAAUAUAUGAACAUAAAAUUCCUACAACUGAUUUCUUAAUUAUAAGGACGAGACAUCAGUAUUCCAUACGUGAAAUGGAUGCAUUAUUUGUAGCUGGACAAUUAUGUCCUCUGUAUGAAGUACCAGGGCCUAAUUCAAAGAGGGCUAACAAUUUUGUCCGUGAUUUCCUACAAGUUUUUAUUUACCGUUUGUUUUGGAAAAGCCGCGACACCCCACGUAGGAUACGAAUGGAUGAUAUCAAGAAAGCUUUCCCUUCACAUUCAGAAAGCAGUAUUAGAAAGCGUCUGAAACUUUGUGCUGAUUUCAAGAGAACAGGUACUGAAGAGCUAAAAUCCCGUAUUCUGAUCCAUAAUCCAAGAAACAAUUCCUAUUCCUACACAAAGAGACGAAACAGCAUGGAUUCAAAUUGGUGGGUCAUCAAACCAGAAUUUCGUCUCCCUACUGAAGAGGAAAUCCGUGCAAUGGUUUCUCCAGAGCAAUGUUGUGCAUACUUUAGUAUGGUGGCUGCAGAACAAAGGCUCAAGGAUGCUGGGUAUGGAGAAAAAUUCAUUCUUACACCUCAAGAUGACGAUGAUGAAGAUCUUCAGCUAAAAAUGGAUGAUGAAGUUAAAGUUGCUCCUUGGAACACGACUAGAGCAUAUAUACAAGCUAUGAAAGGAAAAUGCCUUCUUCAACUUACUGGACCUGCUGAUCCUACUGGUUGUGGCGAAGGUUUCUCAUACGUGAGAAUGCCAAAUAAACCAACACAAAGUAAAGAAGAACAAGAAGCACAACCAAAGAGAACUGUUACUGGAACGGAUGCUGACCUCAGAAGACUAUCUCUGAACAACGCUAAGGCCUUAUUAAGGAAAUUUGGUGUCCCUGAAGAAGAGAUUAAAAAAUUGUCAAGGUGGGAAGUUAUUGACGUUGUACGAACGUUAUCUACAGAGAAAGCAAAAGCUGGUGAAGAAGGCAUGACAAAAUUUUCCAGAGGAAAUAGAUUUUCUAUUGCUGAACACCAAGAGCGGUACAAAGAGGAAUGUCAGAGGAUAUUUGACCUUCAAAAUAGAGUAUUAUCUUCUUGUGAAGUAUUGUCAACAGAUGAAGGCGAAAGUUCUGAUGAAGACAGCUCCGAUAUUGAAGAAAUGGGAAAGAACAUUGAAAAUAUGUUAGCUAAUAAAAAAACUAGCACUCAGUUAUCACUGGAGAAGGAGGAACAAGAAAGGCAAGAACUACGAAAACUCCUUAUGAUGAAAACUAUUCAAGAUCAAGACCCAAGAAAACUAAAAGAUAAAAAGAAGGAGGAUGAGGACACCUCAACUUCAAAUACUUUUGCUAAUCAUCCUGGUCGUGUUUUAAGGAUAUACAGAACAUUCAGAGAUACUGAUGGGAAAGAGUAUACUAGACAAGAAGUGGUUAGAAAGCCUGCAGUAAUUGAUACAUACUUAAAGAUCAGGAGUACCAAAGAUGAAGCAUUCAUUAAACAAUAUUCAACAAUGGAUGAUCAAUUGAAAGAAGAAAUGAAGAGAGAGAAGCGAAGAAUACAAGAACAACUAAGAAGAAUCAGGAGGAACCAAGAACGUGAAAGAAUCACUGGCGGCUCAACUUUUAAUCGUCCUUCAUUAUCAUCUGCUACAUUGGCUGAACAAACAACAUUAUCCUCAACACUUUCAACAACACUUGAAGGUACAUUAAGGGAAGGAUCUCAGUCACCUCCUCUUUUGAAGUCAGGGUUUGUUAGGAACAGACCUCCAUUAUCGAAUCCUACAACCCCACCAACACCAAAGAGAAGGAAACCUAGUAAGAUAAAACCAGAUGUUAAACUUAAAUGUGGUGCUUGUGGUCAGGUUGGCCACAUGAGAACAAACAAAGCGUGUCCAAUGUAUUCUGGUAUGGACAAACCUCUUCCACCUAUGAGUGUAGCACUCACUGAGGAGCAGGAGGAAGAAUUUGAGAAACAGUUGAAUACUGAUGAUGAAGAUCUUGUCAAUGUUGAAGGAACAAAAGUGAAAUUGUCAUCUAAACUACUGAAACAUGCUGAAGAAAUGAAAAGGAGGUCACUCCUUCUUAAAGUUCCUAAGGAAGCGAUGAGUUCGAAAAAAAAGAGAAAGCCUGCAGCAGAUAUUCAUUGUGAUUAUCUGAAACGCCACCAGAAACCUGCAAAUAGACGAAGAACUGAUCCAGUCGUAGUGUUAUCGACACUAUUAGAAUCUAUUUUGAAUGAGAUGAGAGAUUUGCCAGAUGUGCAACCGUUUUUGUUCCCAGUAAAUGCAAAAGUUGUUCCAGAUUAUUACAAAAUUGUGCAAAGACCAAUGGAUCUUCAGACUAUAAGGGACAAUUUACGUCAAAAGAAAUAUCAAAGUCGAGAAGAAUUUUUAGCGGAUGUUAACCAGAUUGUAGAAAACUCUACUUUUUACAAUGGUGGGAAAAGCUCAUUAACAGUUGCUGCAAAACGUAUGUUAAGCGUUUGUGUAGAACGUCUUGGAGAAAAAGAGGAAAGAUUGAUGAGAUUAGAAAAAGCCAUCAAUCCUUUAUUGGAUGACAAUGACCAAGUCGGUCUUACGUAUAUUCUUGGCAUUGUUGUUAACAAUAAACUAAAAACAAUGUCAGAAUCUUGGCCAUUCGCCAAACCGGUGAACAAGAAAGUUGUUAAAGAUUACUACAAUAUAAUAAAAGAACCUAUGGACCUAGAAACAAUUGAAAGAAAAGUUAGAUUGCAUAAAUACCAUUCAAGAAAUGAAUUCCUUGCGGACGUUGAAAGAAUACUUAACAAUUGUAUUCUUUAUAAUGGAAAAGAAUCCCCAUUUACACAAAAAGCAGAAAAUCUUGUCCGUGUUGCAAAAAGUACUUUGGACGAAUACGAUGAGCACCUUGCUCAAUUAGAACAAAGGAUUAGUGUAACACAAGAACGAGCACUUGAGCAAGCUGAUAUGGAUUCACUAGGGCCUUGGCUUGGUCAUGAAGAUGACAAUCCAGAACAGGGUGUUUCCAAUCCUGAUGAUUUCGAUUUUAUGAAAGUUGAGGGGUCUGAAGAAGUCAACUUCAAGAAGGAACCAGGUGUACUUGAAGAAGAUCUUCAAUUUUCAAGUGAAGAAGAGCAAGAACUAGAAGAGGUCGGGACUUAUGAAACAGAACCCAUGCCAGACGAUGACAGUCAACAAGUUGCUGAAGCGAUGGUUCAAUUAGGGAAUAUUGCAUACUACACUGAAACCCCACAAGAUGAGAGCAUGGAUGUAGAUCCCAACUAUGAUCCAUCUGAUUUCCUUGGAGGGCUAAAAAGGGAUCAACCCAGAGAAGAGAUAAAAAUUCAAGAUGACCUUGCAGUGAGUGAAUCAGAUGAAGAGAUGCCUCCAGAACAAACAACAGUUCCAAUUGAAGCAACUUCAGUUCUACCCCCAGAUCCUGUUGACGAUGAAGGCCUCUGGUUUUAAUUAUUGUAUAUUUGUAAAUAUUUUUUUCUCUUGUGUUUUAUGUUAUGUUUAAAUGAAA